AUGAAAAAAUCCGUGAAAAAGGUUCUUGCUGCAUCGAGAUUCAACAAUUGCUCUCUUCACAACAGCACUCAAGUGUUCCAGUAUCUCUACAACACUACUCAGCGUUGGAGGCCAGGACAAAAUUCCAAUGGUAUUCAACACUGGUAUCUUCAUGCCUCUCGUCGUUCCUAUCAUUACGAAAAGAGUCAUUCCAAUAAGGAUGAACAUGAUACCAACAACAAACCUCAUCCUGAUCUAGAGCCCGAGCAACAAGUUCCAAAAGAUGGUUUUACUACUUACAUCUCUUCGCUUGAAAUUCAAAGUUACCAACAAACCUAUUUCGAAUAUGCUCAAACCACCUAUUUGAAACGUCAUCCCAACGCGACUGAAUUGCAGGUUAAACUGUUCUUCUUCAAAUGGUGGAUCGAGUUCAUGCAACAUUCCCAAAGUUAUGCGAAGAAGGUUCGUGAAAAGUUCUCUCCAGAUCACUGUGAUUACUCGAAUCGAGUCUAUCAUUUAAUGGAGUAUGCACAGAGAAAGGCAGAACUGUUCUUGGAAAUUGGUAUGUUUGAUAAAGCCUUAGAAAUCACCAAUGAAGUUAUUGAAGAUCAAGACUUCAAAGGAAAGGAUGACUCUCUAUUGCUACUCGUUCGAGGAUAUCUUUAUUACUUGGGUCCUUUACAUGAUUAUCGAAAGGCAGUUCUUGAUUUUGAGAAGUUGUUGGAGAUGGAUCCCACGACCUUUGCACGAGAUGUUUCCCUGGUUCAGUCCAUUGCCUUUUUCUACAGAAAUUUAUAUCAUGACUCUCCUCAUGUUGAAGAGUAUUCCGACAAGGUCAUUCAUUACUUGAAACUCUUUACAGAUCUAUGCGUAGAGAAGAAAGUUCCGAUCAAUGACGUGUUUUGUAUGGAACUCGCUUUCAUGUUACUGAAUAAGCGAAAAGAUCAUGAUCAGGCUCUUUAUUACCUCUCUCAGGGAAUUGUUGAUGAUGAAGCUAAACGAGCUCCCAACACGGAAGAAUGUGCUCAAUACAUGUUAUUAACCAAUCGAGGAAGUUUGUUAUUGGAUCAUUUUGAAAAACCAAAGGAAGCCUCACUCGAUUUUGAAAGAGCCAUCGCGUUGAACCCGAAUAAGAGGUUCAUUGCACACUUUUUACUAGGAAUGGCUCAAGCUCAAUUGUAUCAAGUGGAAAAAGCCAUCUCAAGCUUUGAAAAGGUCAAGGAAAUCCUAUUACCUUACGCUCAACAUAAUUUGCCAAUGAAAGUUCCUCCUGAUACAGAAAAACUCUUCAUGGAUGGAAUCAAUUCUAUAACUUUACCACGAUCGAAAAUAUAUUUGGAAUGUCUUGAAGUGACCAAUUAUUUGAUUUCAAAAGAACCUCAGAAUUUUGAACAUUAUGGUAAUCGAGCACAUGUGUUCAAUCGACUCAAACUCCAUGAGAGAGCACUCGAAGAUUGUAAUAAGGCAUUGGAAUUGAAUGAACGAAGUGAGGUGGCCUAUUUCAAUCGUGCUGAAGCAUUUUGCUAUUUAAAAGAAUUUGACAAGGCGAAAUUGAAUUUUGUGCAAGCAGUGAAGAUGAAUCCACUUCUUAAAAAUCAAGUGUUGAAGAUUUGGCCAGAUUUUGAAAAACAAUCCAAUUCAUAA